AUGGCUUAUUUAAGGCACUUAGAAAUUAUAAAUGAAGCAGAAAUUCCAGUAAUGUAUUUUAUGACGUCUCUGUCCCAUCAAGGUAAACUGAACAGCCAAGACACUUACAAUAACUUCACAAACAAUAAUCCUGGGAACCCUCGACUCCUGCCUCUUCCAAGCUUGACUGUGGUGUUGCCUCUUGCUCAAAUCAAGCAGCCAAUGACAUUAGGGACCAUCACCAAACGCACAGGCAAAUCCAAACCAGCACCACAGAUUUCCCCCAGUAAGUCUGUGGGAGGAGAGUUUUGUGUCGCUGCGGUCUUUGGAUCAUCAAGGUCAUGGUUUGCGAACAAUCCUGGUCUGAAAAGAGAAAAAGAUCAAUCCAAACAGUUUGUGGUGGAGUCAUUGUAUAUUAUCAGUUGUUACGGUAGCCUGGUGGAACAUGUGUUGGAACCGCGUCCGCUCAGCACUGCUCCCAAGAUUAGUGAUGACACACCUUUGGAAAUGAUGACGUGCCCAAGAGCCAGCUGGACUUUGGUUAGAACUCCUCAGUGGAAUGAACUCCAACCACCAUUUAAUGCAAACCAUCCACUGCUCCUGGCUGCAGAUGCCGUGCAGUACUACCAGUAUCUUCUUGCUGGCUUGGUCCCACCAGGGAGCCCUGGACCGAUCACUCGACACGAGUCGUACGACAGCUUAGCAUCUGACCACAGCGGGCAAGAGGACGAGGAGUGGCUCUCACAGGUCGAAAUAGUGACCCACACCGGGCCUCACCGGCGCCUGUGGAUGGGCCCCCAGUUCCAGUUCAAAACAAUCCAUCCCUCAGGCCAAACCACCGUCAUCUCAUCCAGCUCCUCGGUGCUGCAGUCGCACGGGCCAAGCGACACGCCGCAGCCUCUGCUGGACUUCGAUACAGAUGAUCUUGAUCUCAACAGUCUCAGGAUUCAGCCCGUUCGUUCAGAACCUGUGAGCAUGCCGGGCUCGUCGCGUCCAGUUUCUGAUCGCAGAGGAGUUUCAACAGUGAUUGAUGCUACCUCAGUAACACUGGUAACGUGUUUACUAACCAUUGUCAUGUACUUAAAAGGAUAUCGCGGUUUUCAGCUGCAGAAAAGG